CUAAAGUUUGCACUUUUGGGAAAUUUCGAUCAGUGAAUUUUUUUAACUGUUACAAUUAAAAGUUCUUGUUAUUAUUAAAAAAGUGUACAAGAUUAUUUGUGAUAUAUAGAUAACGGAUUCUACUAUUUAAAAAAUGAGUUCCUUACUAUCUGCUGAACUUUCUGCAACUUGCAAUGCUCUUGGAACAUUUAAUAAAAAGACCGGAAAAUACAUGAUAGACGACUUUACGUUAAAUACAGUUAAAGAUUUAAUAAGAUACAUGAGAAGGGAUGGUGAGGAUCACGAAAUUCGAAGGCAUUUAGGACAGACUAAAGUUCUACAAAGUGACUUGUUGCCUAUGUUAGUUGACCAUUGGGAAAACAAUGAACUUUUUGAUGUCACUCUGAGGUUAGUCGUUAACUUAACAAACCCAGCUCUAUUGCUGUUCAGAGAAGAAGUGCCCGUGGAAAGAACGGCUCGCCAUAACUACUUGCAAAUUCUAUCCCACCUACAGUCAUAUAAAGAAGAGGCAUUUAGCAAAGUUGAAAAUUGGCAGGUGUUUGCUAAAAAGCUUACCAAGAUACUUGAAAUAGAUUGGUCCGAAAGAGAUGAAGACACUGGAUUAGUAAUAGAAAGAAUUUUGAUUCUAAUACGAAAUGUAUUACAUGUACCUGCCGACUUAGACAAAGAGAGAAGACCAGAUAAUGAUGCUAGCAUUCAUGAUCAGGUGCUCUGGGCAUUAAACCAGUCGGGCAUCCUAGACAUAAUCCUCUAUAUGUCAUCGGAAAACGAAAAGCAGUACUUCAUGCACAUACUAGAAAUCAUCACACACUUGCUCCGAGAACAGAACCCCACAAGUUUAGCUGAUGCUGCAUUACAACGGAGUGUGGAUGAGAAACUGAGGGAUGAACAGGAAUUACUGACUAUACGAAUGUCGGAGACAAAGGAGAGAGUUAAUAAAGUUAGGCAAUAUUCUUCAACCAGGCACUCAAGAUUUGGAGGGACCUAUGUGAUACAAAACAUGAAAUCAAUAUCAGAAAAUGAAUUAAUAUGUUUGAAGCCUCUGAACAAAAUAUCGAAUUUAGACUUCAAUGGUAGUAAGAAGUCUAAGUUAGUUAAACCUAAAAACAGAAGGCCUGAGGAGAGUGGCGCUAUGGAGAGACGAUCGCCAUUUGCUGUAAGACUGUUUCUGAAAGAGUUUUGCAUAGAAUUUCUGAAUAGUGCGUACAAUCCAUUAAUGCACUAUGUUAAAGAUGUAUUAGUUAGAGCUAAAGCCCAACAAAACGAUGAGUCAUAUUUCCUAUGGGCAAUGAGAUUCUUUAUGGAGUUUAAUAGAGGACACAAGUUCGAUGUUGCUUUGGUUGGUGAAACCAUGUCAGUGCCUAUGUUUCAUUACGUCCAACAGCAAAUGGAGAAAUAUUAUGACAUGAUACGAGUUGAGAAGAAAAAGUACCAUGCCUGGGUUCGGAGAUUGCAUUUAGCGUUGAAGUGUUAUAAGGAGCUAUUGAACACACUUCUAGUGAUGGACAAGUCCGAAAGUGUCAAUGUGAAGGAAUCGGCGAAAGUGAUAAAGAGCAAUGUGUUUUAUGUGUUGGAGUAUAGAGAGUUCGUACUGGCGACCAUUUUGAAUUAUGAUGAUAAUAAAAUGCCGAGAUCUUAUUUAUUGGAUUUGGUAGAAACCGUGCAUUUAUUCUUAAAAAUGUUGGAGCAUUAUUGCAAAAAGACCGGUCUAGUGGUUCAGAAGAAAAUUCGUAGGAAGGCUAAAAGCAAAAAACCAAAGCCCCGGCCGAAGCCCCAAGCCCCCAAACCGGAUAUCCCCCAGUGGGAAGCAGUCCGCGAGCAAAUGGCGGUAGUUCUCACUUCGCGAAUCGACAACUACCCUCCGCCAUUCGACGCAGCGUCUGACACACCGAUUGACCAGCAGAAGGAAGAUUGUAUGAAGAAAAUUCAGAAACUGAUGCGCGAACAGAAAUACGAGGACGCUGUCGGCACAUUCCGGGCGGCGAGAGAGGUGUGGCCAGAGGAGGGUAUAUUUGGCGUGGAGGGAAUCCAAGAGCACGAGGAGUUGGACAUGCUGGAAACUAUCUAUAGCACAGACCUGGGAGUUGAGAUUAUAGAUAAUGUUGAAGACGAUAAUCAAGAAGAUAAUUCAGAAUAUGACGAAGAAGAUGAAGAAGAGGAAGACAGAACCACGGCUGUUGUGGAAACCGAAUUCGAUUUCCAGGACUUCGUGCAGAGAUUCUGCCAUCCCCGGGUGGUGAGCGCUUGCGCAUCUCUGCUGGAGCGAUAUGAGAAGAACGCGCCGCACACGAACCACUGUAUUGUGAAAAUGCUGCACCGAAUCGCGUGGGAUUGCAAGCGGCCGGCCAUGAUGUUCCAAGCGUCUAUGUUCCUGACGUUCCAGAAGAUUCUUGGCAACCGUGUUGCGCAUUUUAAGGAGUUAGAAAAGUUCGCGAUCUACGUGUUGAGGAAGUUCAGCGAGGUGGCCGGCAAGAGUCCGAAGGCGUUCAUAGAACUGCUCUUCUGGACCAGCUCCAAGGACGCCAUCGACGUCGAGUGCGGUUACGACCUGUACAAUGAUCCUAGAGAUAAACCGGGAAAGAAUACUUGGUCAGAAGAACAGGAAGAAGAGUUGCGGAAGCUGUAUAUGGAGAAUCAAAGUAACCCACAAACUGAUCAGGAUGUCAUAGACUGGAUCCUAGACAACCUAAUAGACCAGACUAGAACGCGGCGGAGUGUUAUAUCGAAACUAAAAGAGCUGGGGCUCAUAUUCAAAGCGCCGACCAAGAAGAGUAACAAAGAGAGGAGAGUUCAGAAGGAGUUCAGCGAGGAAGAAGACACUUUGUUGGAGGAACUGUGGACACAGUUUAAGGAAACGGAUGACCCAAUGCCGCUUAUAAUGGCCAGAAUGCCCCGAAAGAGGCAAAAGCGCAGUUUCAUAGACCGCUUAUUGGAACUCGGCUUGAUCCAAGAUAAGAAGCAGUGUCGUAAGAAGAGACAGAGAAAGGAAAAGAGCGGCCCUCGAGAUGAUACAGAAGACGAAUCGAAAGAAUCAAAUUCGGAAAGCGAUACUUCCAGAAGUCCGUCGCCAGUGAAAAUUAAGCCAAAGAAGAAAGUUCGUGAAGAGAAGAAAAGAAACAGAAAGAGAGUUGAUAUGAGUGCGAAAGAGAUAGCUAUAUUGAUGGUGAAAGCUGUUGAUAAUGGUCAAACGGGAGCCCUAACCUGGCUAGCCGAAAACCUAGAGGAGGUAGCGCUAGACCAAGAAGCGGAAGGAUACGACCCCAGCUCUGAAGGAAUUCCAUUAGUGCCUAUAUCCAGGGAUGCCGUUGAGGCCAUGGAUGAUAAUUCGUUCCAGAAAGUUCUAAGAGCUGUGGGAGUGAUGCCGCCGAGUGAUGAACAGGAAUCAUACUGGCGAAUACCGGCCGACUUACAUCACGAAACAAUUAGAAAACGCCGCGAGAUCAUACUUAAAGCUAUCAACAAAGAACUCAUAGUCGAUCCUAACAUAUCUGAUAAUGAAACCGAUAAAAAUAAAGAUGGUGAAAAUAUAGACAUGGCUAAUGAUUCUGAUUCUAAUGAUAGUAGACAAGAAGCAAUCAAUGAUGAUAAUGAUAUGAUUAUGAAUACGGCUAAUGAUGAUUCUGAUUCUAAUGACAUUAGACAAGACAGUGUAAUUAAUGAUGAUGCGCGAAGAGUAAGUCAGAAAAGUUCAGCUUCGCAUAUUACAAUAAAUAAUGAUGCUAGUGAUGACAGUGAUGAUGAAACAAAUAAAAUAGAUAAUGAUGAUAAAUUUAAAACAAAUACACCCAGAUAUAGUCGUAAAAGAGUACGCAGUGUAGAUAUAGAGGAACAAGUUAGCAAAUUGGCGAAGAUUGAUGAAGAUGAUGAAGAUAUAUUGUCAUUCGCCAAGAAAACGCUGAAUCAAGAGCAUCUGCCUGACACGGAGGAUAUUUUGAGUGCUUUGCCACAACGCGAUAAUGAUAGCAGUGAUGAAGACGCGCCCAUAAAUAUAUCGAAAAGGAAAAAACGUCUGGUUGUUAGUGAUGACUCUGAAUAGACAUUUAUGACAUAAUAUUUUAUAUGAUGAAAAAUAAUUAUAAUAAUAAAUAAAAUAAAGAGGAACGAAGUACUUGCCGGUCUUGUAUAUUGAAAUGUGAAUGUUUAUUUAAAAUUGUGAAUAAA